AUGUCACUCGCCAAAUUGUUCAUCGUUUUCGUCGCAAUGAUCACCGCAACACACUCACUACCGACGUUGUUUAAGCGGUUUACAGGAGAAGGGACGUUCUACAAUGUUGGGCUGGGUGCGUGCGGACAGACCAAUUCUAACAGCGACUAUGUUGCUGCUCUUAAUGUACCACAGUGGGGCAACCCGCCAAAUCCAAACCAGGCGCCUUUUUGCGGUAAAACAGUCACCAUUACUGGUCCGUUAGGCUCAGUUACAGCUUUAAUAACAGAUGUCUGCGCAAAAUGUAGUGACGGUGAUUUGGAUCUAAGUCCAGCGGCAUAUGAUAAGAUAGCCGACCCCAACGCGGGCAGAGUUCCUAUUAAUUGGAGCUUUGAUUCACCUGCAAACGACCAGGAUAACAGCGACAAUACCCCAAAACCUCGUCGCCGUAAUUCUUUUAUCGGCCAAUGGGAUAAUACAACGAAUGUAGUCAACGUAAGAUCAAGAUAUUACAGCACCGCCACAGAUCGCUAUACAAGCUCUCAAAAAGCAACAUUUACCAGAUGGUUAAAUAUCCAAUUGCGAGCUCUCCCACUCGAUAUAUCAAACUUUCCAGAGAUAAAGGCUAUCGACAAGGAUUUUCGGGAUGGUAAACUAUUAAUCCAACUGCUCCAUGUACUAUAUCCCGAAGAUACCGAUUUGCCCAAGUCUGAACGCGGAAAUACGAGACACCAUCAUAUUGCGAAUGUUAAUAAAGUAUUAACAUAUGUGCGAGGCAAGCUUGAUGCCUCAGGUCUAGCAGCCUUGGAUGCUAUCGGUCCAGUGGAUAUCGUGGAUGGGAACGUGAAGUUGACCAUGGGUUUAAUCUGGUUGGUGAUCUCAAAAUUUCAUCAUCUGUCUUCGGUUUUUGAAGUUGACCAAGUUGUUAUCGAAGAAUCAGAUAAUGAGCAUGGAAGAGAAGAGAGUGAUGACGUGUGGUAUUCGAGCGGAGAGAGUGAAAUUAUUAGUGAGAUAGUCGAAGAGGAUGAGAAUGUAGGAGAAAGUAUAGAGGUGAGUGAAGUGGGUGCGGGUGUAAACGAGGAGAAGCAAAAUACAUCUGUGGAUAAGGAGAUAUCGAGAGAAGGCAAAUAUGAGAAUGAUCCGACCAAAGUGAAGGAUAAAGACAAAAGCACCGAGGCGGAUGAGAAACAGAGUCAAGGCAUUGACGGAAAUCUUGAAAAGCUGCCGGAAUCGACUGGAAAGGGUGACGAAAAAAUCACGUCAGAUAUCGAUGAAGCAUAUAUUUCUACCGAUACCGAACAAAUGAAGUCGAGCUCUGCACACAAAGUACGUCAAUUUGUAACCGAACCCGAAGAUUAUAGUUCAUCAUGGGGCUCAUCCACGCUGCACUUACCACUCAACAGAUCCCGCCGUCCUCUUCCCUCUCAAUACGUUUCAAAACGAAUGUCGAUGCCGGCAAACGCUUUCGAAACGUUAAACCAGAAACCAACUCGCGCAGCAUCCGGCCGUUUCCGCACACUCCAUGUUCGUUCCAAUUCGACGCCAGUUCACUCAUCCUCAGGGCUUUUAUUCUGGCUCAACGUCCAGCUUAUUGACCUCGAGGCCCAGCUUCCCGGAGAAUUGUAUCCUGUAAAGAAUUUUGAAAGUUUGAAUGAUGGAAUAUUAUUGACUGCUCUCUUGAACGUAAAGCAACCGACAAAGUUGAUCGAAUUGCUUGUUAAGAGCGAUGAAAACACGGAUAAAUCGGGCAUAGAAUGGAAGACAAUUGUUGAACCUGGUGAAGCAACACUUAUCGAGUCUCCAGAUCAGCCUGUUACAGAAGGUUCGAUAUCGCAUUCCAACGUUGAAACACAACGUCCCCAAUAUCCACCUCAGUCAGUAUCAAUUGUCGACAAACCGCUUCCCCCACCACCAAUCUCCCACGCGCCUACGGCCAACACGCAACCUCGUCCACCCGAAUAUCAACCUCUUAUGCAAGCUUCCAAACGUGCAUAUGCUACGCGCGAGGUUCCUUCUCGAUCAAUACCAAAGUUUGAUAACCCGACAAUCUCGUCUCCACGUUCGUACCCUCGACGUCGACCGUCAUCGCCACAACCGGCUUGGACGCCAUCCUCAUCAAUAGUCGCCGCCAUCUGGGAAUGGACAUCCAAUUGGCUUGCAAACGAAUUUGAAGACCAGCAGAUGGACGAUUUUGAUGAUAUUGAUGAAUACGAUAGGUCCGGGGCACGCGAACUGGGUCCUGAGGAUAUCGCACAUUAUGGGUAUGAAGAAGACAUUCCGCUGCAGCUAUUGUUAACCAACAUCGACCAUUCGUCGAUUUAUUGGACACGUCGGCCUUAA